AAAAAUAAAAUUCCCUCCAACAAAGACAAAUUCGCGCCCGCCUGAGCUAACGCCGGCGACAAUCGUCGAUGGAAAAGCAGCUCCUUACAGAGUUCGAAAACGCGGCCAUUAACAGCCGGGAUUCACCUCCUCCUUUCCAAGCCUUAAGCGUUGUUCUUUCUCUGGUCAGCAACCCCUCCACCACCGACUCUUCUCUCUCUGUUAUUCUCAAAACCCUAACUCUCUCCCUCCAAAACCCUAACCACCGCGACAGUCACCACCGCCCCAUCCUCCCCAUCCUCCAUCUGCUCUCUCUUCGCCACCCUCGCCUACGACAAGACGUUAUCACCGCCAUCCACUCCUUCUCGCUCCUCCCUUCCGUCUCCACUCGCUCCCUCGCAGAUUCUCUAUCUAUUCUCCUCUCCCUCUCUGCUACUGACGUCAACAACGAAUCGGCAUUUCUCUCACUGGUUUUCCGACCACGCAUUUCUAUCCGGUAUUGGCUGUUGCAGAAUGUGAGUAGGUUUGUGAUACGGCCGUCGGUAUUGUUUACAGUUCUGUUCGGGUUUACCAAGGAUCCAUAUCCGAACAUCCGUAGUGCUGCUUUGGACGGACUGUCUGGAUUGUGUAAAUGCAUUUUGAUUGAAGAUGAAAAUCUUAUUCAAGGUUGUUAUUUUCGUGCUGUUGAGCUUCUAUUCGACACCGAGGAUACUGUGCGGUGCUCUGCAGUUCGAGUGGUUAGUGAGUGUGGGCGGUUGCUUGUGUCUACCAACCUUGAGAAAAGUAGACAAGAAUGGUCAGAUGCAUUAUUUGUACAGCUUUGUUCAAUGGUCAGAGAUAUGAGUGUCAAUGUCAGAAUUGAAGCAUUCCAUUCCCUUGGGAAUGUUGAAAUGGUUUCCCAUGAUAUUCUUUUGCAAACCCUAUCAAAGAAAGCUUCGGCAGCCAUGAAAGAGAAGAACUUUCCUGGCCAGCUCACUGCCAAAUCCCUUAAACUACCAGCAUCAAAUGCUGCUUUUGCUUUUGUCCAUGGGUUGGAGGAUGAAUUCCAUCAGGUACGAAGUUCUGCCUGUCGUGCCUUGCAGAGAUUGACUAUUCUCUCUGCUGAUUUUGCGGGUGGAGCUGUAAAUCUUUUGAUGGAUGUACUUAGUGAUGAUUCACUAGAUGUAAGGUUGCAAGCUUUAGAGACAAUGCAUUCCAUGGCAAGGUUUGACCAUCUAAAGGUGCAAGAAGCACACUUAAACAAGUUCGUCGGGACCCUCUUGGAUAGUGACGUUUUGAUAAGAUCUGCAGCAAGGAGAGUACUUAAACUCACAAAAUUACGGACUUUAGCUUUGUUCAGAUUAUGUAUCGAUGGCCUUAUAAAAAACUUAGAACUCUAUCCACAGGAUGAAGCUGAUGUGUUUUCUGUUUUGUUUAGUGUUGGUCAAAAACAUGGAAAGUUUGUAGUGAGCAUGAUGCGUGAGGUUUCUCGAAUGAUAGAGCCUUCUUUUGGAGGGAAGUUGAGCUUUGACAAUGUGCGAACAGCUUCAUUAUUGGUCUUGGCCAUCUCAGCUCCAGUCUCAUUAGAACGGCACAUCUGCAGCAUUCAACCGAGAAUAUUCUCUUAUGCAGUCACAAUACUGGGGCGAAUUUCACGUGGUUUGGCUGAUGUAAUGGACCAGAGUAACCUUUUGACUUAUCUUUCUCAUUGCAGCAGAUUCACAUUUGCUUCUGCUGCAGAGUUCUUCAAUGGGGAAGAAUGUGAUUUGCCUGCCGAGGAAGGUGAUGCAUACUUGAUCCAGAGAGAUGAUGCUUUUCUUGAGGAUUGCUCUGAGAAGGUAUUGGAAUUACAGAGGGCAAACUCUCGACAGCUAGAGUUCAAUCUUGGCACGCCUGAUAAAGGGGGAAAUUGCAUAACGCUUAUACUUCAGAAGGUCACAGAGAUUUGGCCAUUGCUAGAACUUGGAUUGAUGGAUGGAGUAUCAAAUAUUUUAAGGUUGAGAUUAUCAGGCUUGAAGGCAGAGUUGAGAAGACUGCGUAGUAACUCAAGAUUUGGGGAUGAAUUAAUUUUCAUAUUGAACUAUUUGGAUGCCAUAGAGUUGCUUGGAAGGUUGUGGGCACGCUUAAUAUUUCCAAGAAAGUUCUACUCCUACCAAAUGGGAGACUGGCGACUAUUGUUUGAAAACCUUGACAUGAUCCUAAAAGAGAUGAGGUAUAGGUUCAUAGGAUUGACAAAAGAGGAUGAGUUUCAUGUCUUGGAGCUGAAGCUUGUGGCUGAUACAGCAAAGCUGUGUAAAUUAGAAGCCGGUUGUCAAUAUAAUACUACGAAGAAAUUACAUUCCAGUGUUUCCUUGGCGCAGCAACUUCAUGAAGAAGGAUCAAUUUCACUUUCUAGUUUUGUCACAGAACUUCAGAAGGCACUGAAUGAGAUCAAUAUGUCAGGCAGUGCGACCAUGGAGAAUCCAUUUUCGCUUCUGUCCUCACUCAAGCAAUUCAAACUGAGACAGUUAGUUUUACCAGGAAAGCUCAAAUACAUUGAGGCUGAAAUGGAUGUUCAAGGCACUGACUUUCAAAAUCCUCUUCCAUUCAUUCCGGGGCUACCUGUUGGUAUAUCCCUUGCAAUCACAGUUCAUAAUGUCUCAGUCGAGAAGAGGCUCUGGAUAAAAAUGAGUCUAGAAGAGAAGAUGACUCAGUUUGCAUUCUUGGAUUUGCGUGAGCUCGGAGGAGAUGAUGAAGUCAGAAAGUUCACAAUUGUCGCACCAUUUUACAAAACCCCUAGAGCUAGGUGUUUCUCAUUGAGGGUUUGUAUUGUUAUAGAAUGUUCAUCAGACUGUUCCCAGAUGCCCAGGAAUUGUGGUGGUCCGAAACAUGAUAUUGCUUAUAUAUGUGAAGAGAAAGAAGUGUUUUUCUCCAUGGUUGUAAAAUAGUUGAUGCAGUUAGAUGAUUGUUGUAUACACUUAAUGGUUUUGCUGGCUGCUGUCAGCAAGGUAGGUAACUUACUAACCUUGGAAUUUUACAAGAUUUUGAUUUUCCUUUUCCCCAGAAAUUAAACAUCCGUGUACUUAGAACAUA